GGCCGCCGGGAGCUGCAGCAGCUGCGGGCCGAGCGCGGCGGCCUGCGGGAGCUACGGGCGGCGCUGGAGCAGAGGCUGCAGGGCGGCUGGCAGGAGCGGCUGCGGGCCACCGAGAAGUUCCAGCUGGUGGUGGAUGCCCUGGAGCAGGAGAAGCAGGGCCUGCAGAGCCAGAUUGCCCGGGUCCUGGAAGGUCGACGGCAGCUGGAGCACCUCCAGAUGUCCCUCAGCCUGGAGGUGGCCACAUACAGGACCCUCCUAGAGGCCGAGAACUCCCGGCUGCAGACCCCCGGCAGCGCUUCCAAGGCUUUCCUCAGCUGCCAGGACCCUAAGCUGGAGCUGCAUUUCCCUGGGACCCCAGAGGGCCAGCAUCUGGGACCUUUGCUCACUGCCCUGAGCCCUACUUCCCUCUCCUUGCCCUUGCCUGAUACCCUUGAGACACCAGUGCCAGGCUUUCUGAAGAGCCAAGAAUUCCUCCAGGCCCGUACCCCAACCUUGGCCAGCACCCCUAUCCCGCCCACACUUCUGGCUCCCUGUGCCAUUACAGAUACAGAGAUCAGAGCCCAGGAUGCCCCGCUCUCCCUGCUCCAGCCACAGAUUGGGAGGCAGCAGGUUCCAGAGGCCCUGCACUCUAAAGCCAAGGUAGCCAUCCCUUCCAGCAUCCUGCCAGGACCAGAGGAGCCUGGAGGCGAGCAACAAGAGGCCAGUACUGGCCAGUCCCCUGAGGAUCAUACCUCCUUGGCCCCACCCCUCAGCCCUGACCCCUGUAGUUUAGAGGCCAAAGGUAGAGAACCCGGUGGGUCUGGAAUGGCCAGCAGAUUCCAGGAGGAAGGUGAAGGGCAAAUCUGGGGGCUGGCAGAGAAAGAAAUGGCCAUAGAGGUAAAAAUGGUGAACAGUUUGCAGCAGGAAACAUGGCAAGAAGAUGGGGAUCUGAACAUGAAGGAAAUCCAGGACUCCCAGGGUCCUUUGGAAAAAGAAACUCUGAAGUCUAUGGAAGAGGAAAUUCAAGAGCCACUGAUGUCUCUGGAAAAACAGAGCCAUGAGGCACUGAGAUCUCUAGAGAAGGAGAAUCCAGAAUCUCUGAGGUCUUUAGAAGAAGAGAGUUUAGACACAUCAAAAGGUCUAGAAAAGGAGAAUCAAGAGCUAUUGAUGUCUUUAGAAGAGAAGGAUGCAGAAGUAGUGAGACCUCUAGAAAAAGAGACUCUAGGACUACUUAAACCUGUAGGAAAAGAGGACCCACAGACAUUGCAAUCUCUAGAAAAGGAGAAUCAAGAACCAAUGAGGUCUCUUGAAAGUAAUCUAGAGACAUUUUUAUAUCCAGAAAAGGAAAAUCAAGAGUUAGUAAGGUCUCUAGAAGAGAACUUUGAGUCAAAAAGAGAUUUAGAAAAGGAGACUCAGAAGCCACUGAGGUCUCUAGAAGAUGAGAAUCUAGAAAACUUAAGACUACUAGAAAAAGAGAACCAAGAGUCUCUGAACUCUCUAGAAGAUGAGAAGCAUAAGACCUUGAGACCUGUAGAAAAAGAGAACCAGGAACCACUGAGGUCUCUAGAAGAAGAAGACAAAGAGACAUUGAGGCUUCUAGAAAAAGAGAACCAAAGGUCCUUGAGGUCCCUAGAAGAAGAGGAGCAGGAGACAGUGAGACCUCUAGAAGAAGACAACCAGGAGCCAGUGAGGUCUCUAGAAGAUGAGAACCAGGAGACAUUGGGACCUCUAGAAAAAGAGAACCAGAGGUCCUUGAGGUCUCUAGAAGAAGAGGACCAGGAGACAAUGAGACCUCCAGAAGAAGAGAACCAGGAGCCAGUGGGGUCUCUAGUAGAAGACCUGGAAACACUGAGACUUCUAGAAAAAGAGAACCAGGAGCCAGUGAAGUCUCUAGAAGAUGAGAAUCAGGAGACAUUGGGACCUCUAGAAAAAGAGAACCAGAGGUCCUUGAGGUCUCUAGAAGAAGGCCAGGAGACAUUGAGGCCUCUAGAAAAAGAGAACCAGGAGCCAGUGAAGUCUCUAGAAGAGGAAAACCAGGAGACAUUGGGAUCUCUAGAAAAAGAAAACCAGGAGCCAGUGGGGUCUCUAGAAGAAGAAGGCCAGGAGACAUUGAGGCCUCUAGAAAAAGAGAACCAGGAGUCAAUGAAGUUUCUAGAAGAUGAAAACCAGGAGACAUUGAGAUCUCUAGAAAAAGAGAACCAGGAGCCAGGGGAGUCUCUAGUAGAAGAAGACAAGGCAACAUUGAGACCUCUAGAAAAAGUGAAACCAGAGCCACACAUGUCUCUUGGAAAAGACCAGAAGAUAUUUAGACCUCUUGAAAAUGAGAAUCAACAGUUAUUAAGGUUCCUAAAAGAAGAGAAUGUAGAGACAAUGAGAUCUUCAGAAACUGAGAAUCCAGAGUCACUAAAGUCUGCAAGAGAAGACUUGGGAAUAUUGAAAUCUCUAGAAACUCAAGAGUCACUGUGGUCUCCAGAAGAAAUGAAUCAGGAGACAAUGAAACCUCUAGAAAAGGAAAUUCAAGAAGCACUGGACUCUGUGGAAGAUGACCGAGAGACACUGAGACCCCUAGAUAAGGGGGACCAGGAAUCACUGAGAUCUCUGGGAGGGUGGAACCUAGAGAAUCUGAGACCUCUGGAAGAGCUAGGUCAGGAAAGUCAAAGGAACCUGACCGAGGAAGAGACCCCCGAGCAGAUGGAGAAUCCAGAGUCUCCGAGGUCUUUGGAAGAGGAAGGACCGGAGUUGCCACUGUCUGCCAACCAGCAGGGGUGGGAAGAUGUGGUGGGGGACCGAGAAUUGGAGCAGGAUUUGCCCCCUGGCAGGGCGGCAGCGGGCCAGGAGGCUGAGGCAAAGCUGGACGUGAGGGAGUGGGCUGGCUUCGCCGGGAAGGAGUCUGUGGGGCAUGGACAGCUGCGGCUGGUGGCCGCAGGGGAGGUCUGGAGCACAGGAGAGGGGCACCCAGGGAGCCCUGAGCCCAAAGAGCAGAGGGUCCCAGUUGAGGGAGCCAGUGGGGAGGGAGGCACUGAGGGCUUCCGGGACCCCGAAGGGCAGCCAGAGCAAGUGGGGGUGCCAGGCCUCCAAGCUCCCCAGGGAGUGUCAGAGGUGAGAGAGCCGGUGUUGGAAGGUAGAGAUGAGUCCCUGGGGGGUGGCCAGGCCUCCCCAGAGGUCACUUCGGGGUUAGAGACAGCUGUGGGCAAGUCUGCUGCGGGAAGCCGGCAGGGACCAGAGCAGGAGGUGGUGGGGCUGGAGGACCCAGGCCCCCCGGCCAGAGAGGAGAGGGAGGCGUCACCCAUGGGCGAGGAAGGUUUGCAGGCAGAGAGGAUGCAGGGUUUGGAAGGGCCCAGAAAGGACCCAGAGGAGGCAGCUGCUCUGGACCCAGAGCUUUCCACCCCGUCCAGGAAGAGCACAGACCCCCUGCAGCCUCCCAGGGGCUGGGAGGAGGCAGAGCCGGGGGCCCCGUGGGGAGCAGAGGCGGGGCUCCCCGCUGAGACCAAGUGCCCCUCUCACAGUGGAAGCAGUAGGGGUACCCCUCAGCCCAGGCCCCUGGGGUCAGAGGAAGCAGGAAAAGAUGCAGAGCUAGUGCUGGGGCCCCCCAGCCCAAGGCCCACUGAGCCCCGGGCGCCCGCCCCAAUCCCUGGAGAUGCCCCUGGGCUCGAGCUCCUGGCUGAGGGGAGCCAGGAGGCUGGCUGGGGGCUGGAGGGCAGUGCAGAGGCUCUGGGAAGGCUGGAGGGGGAGCAGGAGAAAUUGGGUUCUGAGGGGAGCCCUGAGGAUCUCCAGGAGGAGGGGGAGGAGAACAGAGAAGACAGCGAGGCUGAUGAGCUUGGGGAGACUCUUCCUGACUCCACUCCCCUGGGCCUCUAUCUCCGGUCCCCAGCCUCCCCCAAGUGGGACCUGGUUGGAGAGCAGAGGCCCUCCCCUCAAGGGGAGGCCAGAGAGGAAGGCUGGGAUCCUUCUGUUCUGGCCCCUGAGGGCUGUGGGGCUCAGCCUGGGGAAGAGGAGGAGGAAUGUGGUCAGGACUCUGACUUGUCGGAGGAGUUUGAGGACCUGGAGACCGAGGGUUCUCUCCUUCCCAGCAUCCCCGGCGAGGCUGUGGAACCUCCAGGCCAAGUGCCUCAGCUGCUGCUGGAGCCUGCAGCCUGGGACAGGGAUGGGGAGUCCGAUGGGUUUGCAGAUGAGGAAGAGAGUGGGGAGGACGGAGAGGAAGACAGAGAGGAAGAAGAUGGGAGGGAGUCGGGGGCUGACCAGUGGGGCCCAGGGUCCUCUGUGGGCCCCCUCCCGGCCCUGAGUGGCCCUCAGAGAGGGAACUUCCUGGGGGCUGAGACCACAGAUGGCAGCGUCCCCUGGGAUGAUGGCCUGAGGGGCAUGGCAGCCGAUGUUGGCAUGACUGCCCUGGAGACUAAGUCCCAGAACAGCACGGAGCCCUCGGGCUCGGACGAGGAAUCUGGCCCUGUUCCCUUGGAGAGGGAGGACCAGGUCCCCGGCCCUCUGGGAACCCUCAGUGGGGUGGGAGACAUGGGCCUGGGAGUGGGGGACAGCCUGGGUGUCAAUGGCCAGGGCCCCAGCCUGAAGGAGGAGUUAGAGCGUGUGAAUGGGGGGGUGUUAAACGGGCUGCAGCAGUCCGAGGGAGGAGGGCAGGGGAAACUGGGGGGCCCUGAGGCGGACCAGGGCAGCCCCUUGGAAGAGGAGGAGGACGAGGGGAGUGCCCUGAAGGCCCCUUGGGCAGGACCUCCUCUUCACCUUGGCGUGGGCCAGUUCCUGAAGUUCACUCCAAGGGAAGGAGAUGUCGACUCGUGGUCCUCAGGGGAGGACUAGGGAGAGCUCCUCCCUCGCUGAGGACUCGGGGUGUGUGUGUGUGUGUGUGUGUGUGCGCACGUGUCAGGGGGGUCCCUCAGCCCCCUCCCUGCUCAGAGGCAGCACCCUUAAGUUAUGAUCCCUUGACCUGUGGCUUCUGUCCCAGAGGCUGGCCGGCCAAGGUGAAGCAGGGUGUGGUAUGGGGGUGCGUCCCAAGAACGGAGGCUCCAGAAUGCAACCCAGCCCCUCCGACCCUGCUGUCCCAUGAGGCUUCAGCCAGCUGAACCACUGUAGGACUAGGCCCCUUUCCUCCCACACCCCUUCUCCCCCUCCUGCCAUCUGGAAAGGGCUCCUCCCAGGGGAGGGGGCUGUGGUGGUCCUCACCACAGGGCUCACCAGCCCUGUCCCCCCUCGCUGCACCCUCUCAGGGUGUCUGGCCACUGGGUGAGGGUGUGCUCCCAGGUCCUGACCCCCGUAUUCCUGCCAUGUUGUGUCUGGCUCAUCCCUGCCUGAAUAAAGUAGUUCUUCCGCCCCCGAA